AUGCGUCAACAUGUAACCGCUUAUCCGCUUAUUCGUCAAGAUGUAACCGCUUAUCCGCUCAUUCUUCAACAUGUAACCGCUUAUCCGCUUAUGCGUCAACAUGUAACCGCUUAUCCGCUUAUUCGACAACAUUUAACCGCUUAUCCGCUUAUUCAUCAACAUUUAACCGCUUAUCCGCUUAUGCGUCAACAUAUAACCGCUUAUCCGCUUAUUCGACAACAUGUAACCGCUUAUCCGCUUAUUCGUCAAGAUAUAACCGCUUAUCCGCUUAUUCAUCAACAUUUAACCGCUUAUCCACUUAUGCGUCAACAUGUAACCGCUUAUCCGCUUAUUCGUCAUCAUGUAACCGCUUAUCCGCUUAUUCUUCAACAUUUAACCGCUUAUCCGCUUAUUCAUCAACAUUUAACCGCUUAUCCGCUUAUGCGUCAACAUGUAACCGCUUAUCCGCUUAUGCGUCAACAUGUAACCGCUUAUCCGCUUAUUCGACAACAUGUAACCGCUUAUCCGCUUAUUCGUCAAGAUAUAACCACUUAUCCGCUUAUUCUUCAACAUGUAACCGCUUAUCCACAUAUGCGUCAACAUCUAACGGCUUAUUCGUGA